AUGUUUCAGAGACUCAUUUAUAGACUACGAUUAUUUCGUCGUCGAAACAAAUAUACUUUUGUUAAUUCAAUACUAUUACUGAUUGUUAUUCUUUAUUUAUUUUUUAUUUAUUUAGAUGAGCAUGUACCACAGGAUAAUUCAACGGUAAUUAAUGAAAAGGGAACUUAUCAUCAUUCAAUUUGGGAGAAUAUUUCAUUAUGGUUCUCAAAAACAAAGCCAUUCCAAGAUGGUAAUAUUAAUAACAACAAAGAUGAUGAUGAUGAUGGAUUGAUUGAUCAUAAUGAUAUUGAUGAUUUAUCCGCCUCAUCAGACCAAGAUCAUCAUUUGGAUACUGAUCUGAAAAAUUUUAAUGAAGAGGACAAACAACAGAAGGAGAAGGAAAAUAUACGAGCUAAAGCUCAAGAAGCUGAAAGAUUACAACGAAUAGAACAAUAUUCCAAAUUAAUCCAAUCACAAGAAGAGAAAUAUCAUAGAUUGCAUCCAUAUGAAGCAGGAAGAUUAAACUCAGGUUAUGAAUUUUUUGAUAGCAUUUUUAAGAUUUUCCAUGAAGGUAAUCCACAAGUUGUUGAUUUGAAUUCUUAUAUAUCAAAAGACAGAAUUUAUCACGCAAGAUAUGAUACAACCAUCAAGGAUAAAACAGUUUUCAGUGAGAAGUACUUAUCCAGUUUCUUGCAAUUGAAUCAAGCACAAAUAUCUGCCAUGAAGAAAUCACAUCAAUACGUUGUUGAUAAUUUACCUGAAAAGGCACCUGAAAAAUUGUAUAAGAAGAACGGGAUUGUGUUUGUUGCGGGUGGGAAUUUCAAUUGGUUGACAUUAUUAUCAAUUCGAUCAUUAAGAGCAGUUGGCUGUCAUUUACCUAUUGAAGUUUUUAUUCCAAAAAUUGAAGAAUAUGAACCAGAUUUCUGUGGCAGAAUGUUACCUGAAUUAGAUGCAAGAUGUAUUUAUAUGAAACAUAGAUUAUUUGACCCUGCGGAUGAUGAUAAUGCCCAAGAUGACAAAUAUGCCAAGAAAUUCGAAUUUAAAGGGUAUCAAUAUAAGGCGAUGGCCAUUUUACUUUCGAGUUUUGAAAAUGUCUUGUUGUUGGAUAGUGAUAAUAUCCCUGCACAUAACCCAGAAAGCUUGUUUGAAAGUGACCCAUUCAAAUCAUAUGGUUUAGUAGUCUGGCCAGAUUAUUGGAAACGUGCCACAUCUCCUUAUUAUUAUGAUAUUGCUGGACUUAAAAUAAGUGAGACUGAGUUUGGAAGCAUAUAUGAUGAAGUUGAAGGAACUUAUUCUAUUAAAGCAACAAGUGAUCCUAUCGAUUUAGAUGAGGUUCCAUUACAUCAAAGGUUAGGAAGUAUACCGGAUCCAACCAGUGAGUCAGGACAAUUGUUAAUCUCCAAGAAGACACAUCUUAAACCUUUGUUAUUAGCGUUAUAUUAUAAUUUGUAUGGACCAAGUCAUUAUUAUCCAUUGUUUUCACAAGGUUCAGAUGGUGAGGGUGAUAAAGAAACCUUUUUAGCUGCCACAGUUACUUUAGGUAAGAAGUAUUAUCAAGUUUCCAAAUUCCUUGUAUCAUUAGGUCAUUUCAAGACUGAAGGUGGGGAAUUUGAAGGUUGUGGUAUGGGACAACAUGAUCCUGUUGAUGAUUUAGAGUAUAUUAAACUUAAAAGGAAUUAUGCAAAAAUUCCUGAAGAUGAUCCUAAUGCAAGACAUAUUUUUGAACUUCAAAAUCCAAUUGUUGUCAAUGGUCCAAAGAUUUUAUUUGUUCAUGCAAAUUUCCCUAAAUUAAAUCCUUGGAAAUUAAAACAAGAUAAAGAAAUUUUCAGUAAAUCAGGUGAAAGACUAAGGUUAUAUGGACCUGGGAUGAUUAAAAGAAUAGGAUAUGAUUUUGAAUGGUUUCAAUGGGAAGGUAUGAAAUUAUUAUUAUGUGUAUAUGAUGUUAAAUUGGAAGCUUUCAAAGAUAUAGAUAGAAUGGAAUUGUGUGAUGAAAUUUUAGCACAAUUGAAAUUUUUAGAAAAAUCUAAAUAG